GCCCCCGGCCCCCAAACCCGCGGGGAUGUGCGGGCCGACUGGGGGAGGUGACUUGAUGUCAUCGUGAGCAGCUGGGCGGCGGGUGCCGGUGCGUACAGAGCCGGGGCUCCUGUGGUGCUGCGCGGGUCGGGUGCCACGACUUGAGGAGAGGUCUGCGCGCUGCCCCGGCCAGCCCAGAGCCCGUCGGGCGCCCGCGCCCCGACGCGGGGCUGAGUUGGGUGCACGCUCCGGCCCCCCCGGAGCCAGAGAGAGAACCCAGGAGCGCCGCCGCCCAGCGCCAGCGCCCUGAACCGGACCGCGGCUCGGGAGCCCUGAACAGCUGCUCCCUCCCCACCGGCAGCCCCUGGAGGGUCGGCGACCAAAGUCUGGGCAUCUGAGAAAGCCAGGGUGGGAACCCUAACUGGACUCUUCCGACCCUCAGGAAGGACCUGAGACCUGAGCCAUCCUCCUCUCUACCGUGCUUGCCCCCCAGGACUGGGCAGUUGCCAGAGGCCCUGGGGGGGGGGCCAGGACUGUGCUGUGCUCCUCCCCACCGCACAGGAUGGGCCCAAGUUAGUCAGCCCAGCCUCACGCAGCAUCCUGCAGGCCCAGAGGGAAGCUCAGGGGCUCUGAAGGCUUGGCCCACCGCCUGACCGCCAUGGAGACGAAGCUGCCCCCCGCGAGCACCCCCGGCAGCCCCUCGUCCCCAGGGCUGUCCCCGGUGCCCCCACCCGACAAGGUGGACGGCUUCUCCCGCCGUUCCCUCCGCAGGGCCCGGCCCCGGCGGUCCCACAGCUCCUCUCAAUUCCGCUAUCAGAGCAACCAGCAGGAACUCAUCCCACUGCCCCUGCUCAAAGAUGUGCCAGCCUCUGAGCUGCAUGAGCUGCUGAGCCGGAAGCUGGCCCAGUGUGGGGUGAUGUUUGACUUCUUGGACUGUGUGGCCGACCUGAAGGGGAAGGAGGUGAAGCGGGCGGCGCUCAAUGAGCUGGUGGAGUGUGUGGGGAGCACUCGGGGGGUCCUCAUUGAGCCUGUCUACCCAGACAUCAUCCGCAUGAUCUCAGUGAAUAUCUUCCGGACGCUGCCGCCCAGUGAGAACCCUGAAUUUGACCCUGAAGAGGAUGAGCCCAACCUUGAGCCUUCAUGGCCACAUCUUCAGCUGGUAUACGAGUUUUUCCUGCGUUUCUUGGAGAGCCCAGACUUCCAGCCCUCCGUGGCCAAGAGAUAUGUGGAUCAAAAGUUUGUCCUGAUGCUCCUGGAGCUAUUUGAUAGCGAGGACCCUCGGGAGCGUGAGUACCUCAAGACCAUCUUGCACAGGGUCUAUGGAAAGUUCCUGGGGCUCCGGGCCUACAUCCGCAAACAGUGCAGCCAUAUCUUCCUCCGGUUCAUCUAUGAACUUGAGCACUUCAAUGGCGUGGCUGAGCUGCUGGAGAUCUUAGGAAGCAUCAUCAACGGCUUUGCGCUGCCCCUGAAGACCGAGCACAAGCAGUUUCUGGUUCGAGUCCUGAUUCCCCUGCACUCUGUCAAGUCGCUGUCUGUCUUUCACGCCCAGCUGGCAUACUGUGUGGUACAGUUCCUGGAGAAGGAUGCCACUUUGACAGAGCAUGUGAUCCGGGGGCUGCUCAAAUACUGGCCAAAAACCUGCACCCAGAAGGAGGUGAUGUUUCUGGGGGAGAUGGAAGAGAUUCUGGAUGUCAUUGAGCCCUCCCAGUUCGUGAAGAUCCAGGAGCCCCUCUUCAAGCAGGUGGCUCGCUGUGUGUCCAGCCCCCAUUUCCAGGUUGCAGAGCGGGCUCUGUAUUUCUGGAACAAUGAGUAUAUCCUGAGCCUCAUUGAGGACAACUGCCAUACUGUGCUGCCUGCUGUGUUUGGGACCCUCUACCAAGUCUCCAAGGAGCACUGGAAUCAAACCAUUGUGUCUCUGAUCUACAAUGUGCUCAAGACCUUCAUGGAGAUGAAUGGGAAGCUGUUUGAUGAGCUCACAGCCUCCUACAAGCUGGAAAAGCAGCAGGAACAGCAGAAGGCCCAGGAACGUCAGGAGCUGUGGCAAGGCCUGGAGGAGCUACGGCUACGCCGGUUACAGGGGACCCAGGGGGCCAAAGAGGCCCCGCUCCAGCGGCUUACACCCCAGGUGGCCACCGGUGGAGGUCAGAGCUAAAGAUCCCCAGAAGGGGAGGAGCUAAACCCAGAGCUGUCAGUCCCUCCAUCCUCCCUCCUGCCCAGGGGUCCAGAGAGAUACACACCUACUCCUGGCCUUGCCAGAGGGGGCUCGGAGGGCUUCCUGCCUGGCCCAGCCUGGGCAGUUUCCACUGGGGGGAGAGGAGGAGAGAUGGGGGUCCGGGCAACAGAACUCUCAGGCCGUCCUGGCAGGACUUGACCAGGGCAAGCUUGACCAGGAAGCUGCCAUCAGGGAUCUGCCUCUGCCCCACAAAGCUGGGCUACAGACUGCAGGCAGGUUCCCACCCCCUGCUCCCAGCCUAGGGCAAGGGGACUCGGCCCCUCACCUGCCCCACCUUGUGCCAGCGGGAGGUCCUUCCUCACCCCACCAUGGGAUCCAUGGUCUGUUUAUUCUCCCCCAGCUCACCUGCAACACAGACAUUAUCCUGGGCCUGGGGCACCCUCCUUCCUUCCCUCCCCUCCCUUGCCCUGUACAUCCUUGUCCCCUUUUUAUUUAUUGGGCAGGGGGAGGGGUGAGGGCACAGGCAGAAGAUUCCCUGUGUCCUGGGGCAAGGGUGGGUGGUCACAGUAACCAUGGUCUGUUCCCCUUUCCCUGGCUGGGGGUAGAUUUAAUAAAGAGAGAAACUCA